AUGUCGCCCUCGGCUGUGACCACCAUCAGCCGGUUUCUGGAGCCCUUGGCUCUGGACAACCAUGUUGCUUUGAACCUAUCCAGGGAAUUCUACUACAACUUCAAAUACCUGUCUGCCGAAUCUUUGGACCAGUUUCUACCGACUCCCAUUUCCAUGUCGAUUCUGAGGCCUGUGGGACGUCAGAGUACCGGUCGUGGUGGCUCAAACUUGCGAGUGGGCUUCGUGGAGCUACUACCCGAUGGCCAAGAUCGUCGCCUAAAUCGCCUCCUCGAGCAGUCAUGGCCUAUUCUGGAUCACCUGAAAAGUGAGAACUCAGAGAGUCUCUUUCGGUGGGUUGGAGAGCACAUUGCACAAGUGGUUCGUGAAGGAUGCGAAACAUGGGGUUUAUCUGCGGAGGAAGAGUUGCCCAUGGGCGUCACCUUCAGCUUUCCCAUGAAGCAGACCUCACUUUCCGAAGCUACUCUGAUGGCUAUGGGCAAGGGUUUUGCCAUCAAAUCAGAUCUGGACCUCGGCGGUCACCUCUCCAAGGGUUACGAACAGCACAGGACAGCCGACCUACCCCCCAUAAAGAUCACCGCCAUCACCAACGAUGCAGUGGCUACAUUGGUGUCCUUUGUAUACCAAUACCCAGCCGCGCCGAACCAAAAAGCAGCCAUGGGCCUCAUCGUCGGCACCGGAUGCAAUGCUACGAUACCCCUCAAGCUCAGCAGUCUGCACAAAAACAAAUUCCCUGGUCUGAUCAGUGUUCAGCAGGACCAGGACCUCUUGGAUGCCGGGAUUGCGGUGAACACAGAAUGGAGCAUCAACGGGUCAGCAGCGCCGCUACGCAUGCAUGGAUUGAUCAGUCGCUGGGACGAGGAGCUGGAUAAAGCAGGCGAAGCACCCGGCUUCCAACCAUUAGAGUACAUGACCGCCGGUCGUUAUCUGGGCGAGCUGGCUAGGCUCAUAUUUGUGGACUUUUUGACCACUGUCUAUGGUGUCUCGGCCGACGAUCUGCCGCAGAGGCUUCACCAGCGUUUUGGUCUUUCCACAACCUUCCUCGGCCACUUUUACCCGGAUAGUCACAAAGGCGAUAUGCUGGAGCAGUUACAUAAAGAGUUCGAGUUGAUCGCGGAUACGACAUUUACGUGGACAUCCGACCAUGCGGACGCCCUAUAUCAAAUAGCCAAGGCUAUACAAACACGAGCAGCAGGCAUUGUUGCGGCAGCAACCAUUGGACUUUUGCGCUGCGCCGACGAGAUUCCUGACACGUCAGGAACAGCCCAGGAUGGCGUCGUGGUUGGCGAGGAUGUCGUUGAAGAGCUUGUGGUCGGAUACACUGGCGGCUGUAUACAGCACUUUCAGGAUUACCUGAAAGACACGCAAGCCUUCUUGGAUUUUAUCACGCAGGAAGAGUUCACCGCCCAAGGGCAACAAAUGCGGGUAACUUUAGAGCCCUGUCACGAUGGAGGAAUUACUGGGGCGGGAAUCUUGGUACCUGCUGCUUUGGCUAGCACCCAGGCGUAG